CACUUCCGUCUCUGCGUACAUCCGCUAGGCCGCUAUUCUCUUUGUGGGGAGAAGCAGAAACGCUCGAGCACGCUUGUCCUCCUUCAUUUUCCCUCUAAAUCUGCUUGGAUUCUUUUCGAAAGCUCUGUAAACGCGAACAACAAUGGAGGAUAAGAGAAAGAACGGUGAUAGCAAAUAUCUGCCCGAAUUGCUGGCGGAGAAAGACAGCUUGGACUCUUCAUUUACGCACUCCAUGAAAUUGUUAACCGCAGAGAUCGAGAGGGUUCAGAAAGGUGAAACCAAAAAAGAGGCGGAGACAUAUCUGGAUCUGUUUACUGCAAAGAAUGUGCGUGUGAAGGAACGAGUGCUGAUCCCUGUGAAGCAGUACCCUCGGUUUAAUUUUGUAGGAAAAAUUCUGGGGCCACAGGGCAGCACUAUUAAACGCCUUCAAGAAGACACAGGAGCAAAGAUUUCAGUUCUGGGCAAAGGAUCCAUGAGAGACAAGAACAAGGAAGAGGAGCUGCGGAAAGGUGGAGAUCCCAAGUAUGCUCAUCUGGGAAUGGAGCUGCAUGUGUACAUUGAGGUCUUUGCUCCCAUUCCUGAUUGCUACCUGAGGAUGGCUCAUGCGAUGGAUGAGGUCAAGAAGUUCCUCAUGCCUGUGGAUAAUGUUGACGAGAUGCAUCAGGAUCCUUACAUGGAUCCAGGUUAUCUAAAUGGCUCCCAGGAUAUGGCUGCACAUGGAAGAGGUGCCCCACCAGGCAGGGGACGAGGUGGCCCACCACCCCCAAUGGGACCUAGGGGUCGUGGUAUGCCUCCUCGUGGUGGCGGAGCUCCUGGACGAGGAGGUCCUGGGCGAGGAGCUGCAUCAAGGGGGUCGUCCUCUGUGGGACGAGGUGGACCUCCACCCUCCGGACCAACCAGAGGAGGUGGAUCCACUCGGUCGAGACCACCAGCACCUGCUCAGCGUAUGGCACCUGCACCCUCUCUCUCUCACCAACAGCAGCACCACCAGCACCCACCGAAAACUGAAGGCUAUGGAGAAUAUGCCUAUGAAGAACAAUAUGCAGAGCCAUCAUACGAGGGAUAUGAAAACUAUUAUAGCCAGACCGCUCCUCAACCAGACACAGAGUACUAUGACUACGGUCACGGAGAAGCGCAAGAGACCUAUGAGUCAUACGCUGAAGAUGAUUGGGACAGCAGUGCUUGGAGUAGCGGAGGAGGAAAAACCGCGUCAGCCCGCCAGACCAAAUCUUAUCGGGACCAUCCUUACGGGGGCGGCCGAUACUAAACGCUGUCCUGUGUGAAAUCACUGCGGUUGCGUGGGCAGCUUCUCCUCUUAACCUCUUGUAACCACCUAAAGUAAUUCUAGUUGUUUUUUGUUUGUAUUUUAUUUUGAUUACGCAGCGUUUUAAUGUUCUGAAUUACUCCUAAAUAGGAUUCAUUUUUAGAUUUGCGAUUAUCCUGUGCUUAACACUUUGCCUUUCAGUUUUUCAAAUUGUUGUUUUUCCAAAAGUGGUUAAAUGUUUCCGCUACAAAAUGGUUAUCUGAAUGCUAGAUAAUUAGCUGAUUAGCGUAUGUAAACUUGAUAUGCUUAAAAAUGAAAACAAAACAAAUGCCUGGCAAUGUUAGCUCACUUAGCUUUGUUUCAAACGCGAUUUGUGUUAGAGCAAAAUGAUAAACUGCCAGAUCAGGGAUGCACAAAAACACUAGUUCCUGUACAAACCAACAUGCUUACAAAUUUAAUGAAACAAUAUCAUCUGGUUUGAGACCAAGUUUUCUUUAUAAAUAGUAUCCAAAUUUAAUUUUCGAAAAAAUUCAAAAUUCUAGCCAUUUUCGAGAUGCCAUGGGUACUUGUUUUGGCAUGAGCAAAAUCAAUGUUUAAAAUUGUUUAAGUUUUGCUUAUUAGUAGUUAAGUCAGGUAAAAAUACAGACCCUUCAAAGCACUGUACAUACAUUAUUCAAAUAUCACGAAGUUGUUUUUGUGUUCGUAGCUUUGUAGUUCUCCAAAUAUUAGCAAACUUGUGUGAAUUGGCUAACUAGGGAACUAAACCUGUCAAAAAUGUGUCCUAAUGAAACUGUCAAUAAAGCAUAGUUUUUCUUUUACAUCCUUAAAAA